AUGGAAAUGUCUAUCGACCGCCCCAGACUAUUGCCGGGUUCCAUGGACCUACUAUCGGAUUCCGAUGGGAACUCUCACCCCCUUCUGGUUCAGGGGCUCCUCUCCGGGGACCUUGGGUCAUGCCGAACGUUUCACAAGCAACUCUUGACUUAUUGGCAGGAGCUUGGGCUCCAGGAAUAUGAAGAUCCUAUACUCAUGCCUGGAACGCAUGGAGUGCAAGUCUCAUAUCUUGCUCUUCUUCCCAUCGAACUCUUCACCUAUUCCCCUCCCCCCCCCCCCCCCCCCACAGCUGGGUUCAUUAAAUCUCCACUUUCUGAAGUGAAUCUGACUGGGCAGUCAGUGGAGCUGCAUUGUGAGGCAAUUGGGCACCCCAUGCCAGAAAUCCAAUGGUGGUUUGAGCCAGAUUAUAGCAAUGAGAGCUUUUCACAGCUAUGGGACGGUGCACGUGGUGACAGAGUGCAAAUGAACGCCACUUACGUCUUUCAUGCCACUAGCACGCUCUACCUAAUGAACCUUCGCCCAGAGGAUUCAGGGACAUACGAAUGCCGUGCCAGCAACGAUCCUGACAGAAACCAUCUAACGAAGAGCCCUCGCAUCAAGUGGAUCCGAUCCCAAGCCAAUGUGAUUGUCAUAGACCCUCCAAUUAUUAUAACAAACUCUCCGGAAGAAAUAGUGGAAGGAACGUAUGUUAUCCUAAGCUGUAAUCUGACCGAUCCAACCCUGCCAAUUUCUGGUCAUGAAUGGUUGAAGGGGAGCAAAGUGAUCCAGGAAGACAAAGACUCAUCUCAAAUUAUGUUUUACAAUGUUUCAGAGGUGAAUGCAGAAAGCUCUGGGCAAUAUACCUGCAAGUUCUUGACUACUCCCGAAGUCGUUGAGGUGAUUAAUGUGACUGUCUCCCCUCAUGUUGUCGCAUACAAGAAAUCUGAGCAUGGUAAUGAAGGGGAUACUGGAGUGCUGACUUGCAAAAGUAGCUCAUUCCCACCUGUGGAACUCUGGGCAUGGUCCUUGGUCACUGAAGGAGGCAUUGAGCCUAUAGUGAAUGGAAGUAAAGAUCGCUUCAUCAUAAAGUCCAGCGGCAAUAAGACAGAACUUCGCAUCCUGAAGUUGGAUAUAGAGGCUGACCAGGGUACAUAUGCUUGCAAUGGAACAAACUUCCUAGGUACAACAGGGGCCACAGUCUCCCUCCGUGUGCGCAGUCGUCUUGCUGCCCUCUGGCCUUUCCUUGGCAUUGUUGCUGAAGUUAUCAUCCUGGUUACAAUCAUCUUCAUUUAUGAGAAAAGGAGAAAGCCAGAUGAGGCACCUGAAGAUGAAGAUGGCGGAUCUGCACCUUUGAAAAGCAACUCUGGAGCAAACCAUGACAAUGUACGUCAAAGGAACUCUAGCUGAGUCACAAAGGUGACGAUGGAGAGCAGAGGGAACAAUUUCCAUGUACUUUGUUCCAGAAGAGAUCCUUAGUAUAUACCGGUCUUCUUUGUGCCACUCGGCAUCAAUCACCACCAUCGGCCUCCCCUCGUUCUUUCUGCUUGCUGUCAGAUUUGUAUUUUCAGUGUUCUCCUUUUUUAACAUGACAUUAAACUAGCUUUAUUAUGUUUAGAAGCAAAAAUAAGACCAUGUUGCUGCCUUGUGCACUCUAUUUUAUCAUCACUUCCUGACAGCUGAUCAGGUUGAGGCCAGGCACUUAAGUUGGUGCCUAGGCCAUCAGAUUGCUGUCUGGUAGUUAUGUUCUCUCAUUAUUACUACAAUAAAAUUUACCUUUUGACAUUGCCUUGUCUUACUGCUGGAGCAUGUUUCUUUCAGCAACUAAGCCAGCCUGUUUACUUGAGCAGGUUGUCCCCAUGCAUUAUAGUAACAUAUUUUGCGAUAUCUGUCCUUGGGUUUUAAGUGCAUCUUUUUUUUUUUUUUUAUAAAGCUAAUUCAAAAUGCCUGUUUAUUUACAGUUCUUGAUUUCCCAUCUAUAUGAAAGUACUGACAAGCCAUUGGUCUCUUACUAGAUUUAUAUGGCAUGUUUUAAGUACUGCCCUAUCACUGUAUGCACAAUGAGCGCAGCUUUGUGUAAAUUAUAAAAUUCCCCCUGUAUUAUGUAAUAUCUUAUUGUAGAUUGCCAUGUGUUGCGCAAGGUGAAUGACUGUUUUGUGUGGCUUUUUUUUCUUUUUUAGUUUAUGUGCAUGGAAGACUGAAUUGAUUUUUGGGUAAAGAAUAAUAAAGGGUAUGUUCAGCACAUUUUGAUUUAUAAGUCUUGGUUUUUCUGCAACACUGGAUUGUAAAAUUGUAUGUGAAGAAAAUUAAACAAAUAAAAUGUUUCUCCCUUUUA